UUACCAUGGAAAACACAAAGGAGAACAACAGUUAUAAAGAUGACCUUCUGCUUAGGAUGGGACUUAAUGAUAAUAAAGCUGGAAUGGAAGGAUUAGACAAAGAGAAAAUUAAUAAAAUUAUAAUGGAAGCCACAAAGGGGUCCAGAUAUUAUGAAAAUGAGCUCAAGAAAGAAAAACAAGUCAACAAACGAAUUGAAAAUUUAAUGCAACAAAAAGCUCAAAUUACCAACCAACAGCUAAGGAAAGCACAAUUACAGGUUGACAGAUUUGCGAUGGAAUUAGAACAGAACCGGGAUCUGAGCAAUACCAUCGUGCACAUUGAUAUGGAUGCUUUCUACGCAGCUGUAGAAAUGAGGGACAACCCAGAACUGAAGGACAAACCUAUUGCUGUGGGAUCGAUGAGUAUGUUGUCUACAUCAAAUUACCAUGCAAGAAGAUUUGGUGUUCGUGCUGCUAUGCCAGGAUUUAUUGCUAGAAGACUCUGCCCACAGCUUAUUAUAGUACCCCCAAACUUUGACAAAUACCAAGCUGUGAGUAGAGAGGUUAAAGAAAUACUCGCUGAUUAUGAUCCCAAUUUUAUGGCUAUGAGUCUUGAUGAAGCAUAUUUGAAUAUAACAAAACACUUACAGGAAAGACAAAAUUGGCCAGAGGACAAAAGGAAAUGUUUCAUCAAGACAGCGAACUCUCUAGAAAAUGAUAAACCAGGAAACGAUGUUCAUAAAUUGAGUGAGCAUGAAGGAUCCAUCUCUCCACUGCUUUUUGAAGAUAGUCCUCCUGAUUUGCAGCCCCCAGGAAGUUCUUUACAAGGAAACUCUGAAGAACAAAAUGCUCAGCUACAUCAAAACUCAGUUGUUUUUGGAACAUCAGCUGAGGAAGUGGUCAAGGAAAUUCGUUUCAGAAUUGAGCAAAAAACAACUCUGACUGCCAGCGCAGGAAUUGCCCCAAAUACAAUGCUAGCAAAAAUAUGCAGUGAUAAGAGAAAACCAAAUGGACAGUACCAAAUUCUCCCUACCAGGCAAGCUGUGAUGGACUUCAUCAGGGAUUUACCCAUUAGGAAGGUUUCUGGAAUAGGAAAAGUUACAGAGAAAAUGUUGAAGGCCCUUGGAGUUACUACUUGUACAGAACUCUACCAACAGAGAGCAUUACUUUCUCUCCUUUUCUCUGAAACAUCUUGGCAUUAUUUUCUUCACAUUGCCUUGGGUCUAGGUUCUACAAACCUGGCAAGGGAUGGAGAGAGGAAAAGCAUGAGUGUUGAAAGGACAUUCAGUGAGAUAAGUAAAGCAGAAGAACAGUACAGUUUGUGCAGAGAUCUUUGUGGUGAACUUGCUCAAGAUCUGCAAAAAGAAGGCCUGAAGGGGAGAACUGUUACCAUUAAGCUGAAGAAUGUGAAUUUUGAAGUAAAGACCCGUGCAUCUACCAUUUCAUCUGUUGUUUCUACCUCAGAAGAAAUAUUUGCUAUUGCCAAGGAAUUGUUAAGAACAGAAAUUGAUGCUGAUUUUCCACAUCCCUUAAGAUUAAGACUUAUGGGUGUGCGGGUCUCCGGCUUUCCCAGUGAAGAAGACAAGAAACACCAACAAAGAAGCAUUAUUGGCUUCUUACAGACUGGCAGUCAAGCCUUGCCAUCCACUGGGUGUUUACUAGAGAAAACAAACAAAGAAAAGUUUCUAAAACCUCCAGAAAUGUCUCCCAAGAAGAGUUUCUUUGAUAAAAAGAGAUCAGAAAGAGCAUGUGGCAACCAAGACACACUUAAAUGUGACAACACUGUGGAUAAACAAAGUUUACAGACAUCACGGUCUUUCCAAGUUCUAAAGAAGAAGAAGAGUGAGAACUUAGAAACAUCAGAUAAUUCAGAUAACUGUCAGCUAUUUACCUGCCCUAUUUGCUUUAAGGAGCAAGGAGGCUAUAGCCUGGAAGCCUUUAAUAAACAUGUAGAUGCAUGUCUUGAUGGAUCCUCAAUCAGUGAAAACUCAGAAAUAUUCUCAUGCACACAUGCUCCCACCACAGAAAUGAACAAAAGAGAACAGAUAAAUCAUUCCAACAAGAGGCAGGAUUUUGAGACCCAUCAGAAAACUACAGAAAUUACUUCAGUAGAUGUUAUCAAUUUGGUAGAGACUGUAGGUAGCCCAUCCAAAGUAGAAAUUUUCGAUGCUGUAAAUAAUAAAAGCAGCGUGGAGGAAUGUUCUAAUCUUCCAUGUAGAUCAUCUAAUAUUGAACUCUGUCACCAGAAUUCAUCUUGUACAGUUUCAUUGGAAAAUGAAGAUACCAAGUCCUUAAGUAGGCAAGAACCCCUCCAACCAUAUGAAAUAACAAACCACCCCCUGGUAUGUCCAGUUUGUAACCUAGAACAAGAGACUUCAGAUCUUACCCUGUUCAAUGUACAUGUAGACGUUUGCUUAAACAAAAGCAUUAUCCAGGAACUAAAAAAGGAUGAAGAUAAACCAACUAACCAGUCCAUGGGAAGCAUCAAACAUACUGGUAACUCAGGCAGAAUACACAAGGCUAUAACAAAAACAAAAAGGUCUGGAUUGGUGGCAAAGAAUGCAGCUUCUAAGAAGGCACAAGCAAAUAACCCCCAAAACACCUUGGAUGUAUUUUUUAAAUGAAUAUUGACCAAUUCAUGAUUCAUCUUUAAUUGAAAAUUUCUAUUUUUUUAAUUAG